UUCGAAAACAUCAACAAAUAUACUUAGCGAAUCAUGUUAUUGAUACCAAACAUGCAGAUACCGAGUUGGAAUGCUCCAUGCAUUGUGUUGGUGAUCAAUCGUGUGCUUCAGUGAAUUUUAAAACCUCUGGAACCGAUAAAGGUCUGUGUGAGCUCAACAGUAAGACACUCCGAGAGAUAUCUUACGCUGAUGGAAGAAUGUAUAACCCAAAAUUCAACCAUCUUUACAAAGUUAAAAAGAGGCCAGCAGAUCCCAUUCAAACCCAGGAGACACAGCGCCAAGCAACAGGGCAAUGCAAAGAGACCGCACUAGGAAUGGAAAACAUGAAAAUUUCUGAUUCAAAGAUAACUGCAUCAACUGAAUAUAGUGGGAAACAUUCCGCACGAAAGGCUCGAUUAAAUGGCCCUGAUUCCUGGGUUGCGAAACAAAAUGAUUCAGAUCCAUGGAUUGAAGUUGAUCUUGGCAGAAAUGAAACUAUCACAGCCAUUGCAAUUCAAGGCCAAUGGCGAUGGGUACAAUGGGUGAAGACUUUUACCGUCUCAUACAGUUCAAGUGGAAAAAAAUUUGAUUUUUAUAAAAUAAACGGAAGUUAUUGCAAGUCAAGAGACGUUGCAUUUGGAAUGCAAAAUGGAAAGAUUCACAAUUUGCAGUUGAAUUCUUCAAGUGUUUAUCAAAAUAAGAUGAUGUACAGCCCAAAAAAUGGGCGAUUGCAUGGGGAAAACUCCUGGAGAGCGAAGACAAACGACGACAAGCAAUGGAUUCAGGUUGAUUUUAGUGGAGAGGAAAUCGUUACAGGAAUUGCCAGUCAGGGUGAUGAGAAAUCCGAAGAUUGGGUGAAGUCUUAUCUCGUGUCAUACAGUUUGGAUGGAAUAAAUUACAAGAAUUAUACAAUCGGCGGGGUUCACAAGGUGUUUCAUGGAAAUGAAGACCAGAUAUCUGUCGUUACAAAUGUCUUAUCUCCAGCAAUAACCGCGCGUUACAUUCGCAUAAACCCAGUUUCUUGGUUUAACAACAUAUCUAUGAGGAUCGAAGUUUUUGGUUGCUACGCAGGACCUUGCACUGGCAGUGAGGUUCCACUUGGAGUGGAGAAUGAAAGGAUAAAGGAUUCUCAGAUGUCAUCAUCAACUGCACAAAACCGAUUUCCUGCAUCAGAUGGGAGACUAAACAGCCGCCGGGCUGGGGCAUAUGAGUUUCUAAACUAUGGAAGGUCAUGGCGUCCCAAAGAUUAUAAUCAGGGCCAAUGGCUCCAAGUGGAUCUUGGCAAGAAGGAAAUUGUUACAGCGAUUGCCACUCAAGGUUAUGGCACUGGUUAUUGGGUGAAGACUUAUUCAAUGUCUUACGGUUUGGAUGAAGAAAACCUCACUUCAUACAGAAUGAAUACAACUCAGAAGGUGUUUGAUGGAAAUACGGACGAAAACUCUGUUGUGACAAAUGUCUUAUCACCAGCUGUAACAGCUCGUUAUAUCCGCAUACACCCAAAGACAUGGAACAAUGUCAUUUCCUUGAGAGUGGAACUUUAUGGUUGUCCAAGAGUGAAUCCAAUUCUUUGCAAAGCUGGUGAAAGGGCACUUGGCGUGGAAGUUAGGGAAAAAGUUAAAGAUUCUCAAUUAACUUCUUCGAGUGAUUUGAAAAAAAGUUUCUCAGCAGCCUAUGGACGAUUGUACAAUAGAAGCGCAGUAUGGAGAGCAGGAAUAAACGACAAGAACCAGUGGUUACAGGUUGAUCUUGGCAAGAAGGAAGUUGUCUCAGGGAUUGCCACUCAGGGAGGAUAUUAUUAUUAUCAAGGUUCUUGUUGUCGUUAUUGUUGGGUGGAAACUUAUUUCGUGGAAUAUAGAUUGAAUGGAACAACGUUGGAGUCUUACAAAGAUGGAGGUGUUGAUAAGAUAUUCAUUGGGAAUAGUGACAACUCUGACAUUGUUAAGAAUGACCUAUCUCCACCUAUCACUGCACGUUAUAUUCGUAUACAUCCAGUGUCCUGGGGUUACAGCAUAUGUAUGGGAAUUGAGCUUUAUAGUUGUUAUUGAGUUUUUGGCUUGGCGAAUCUUACGAAGCAGUUCAAUAUAUGGUUAGUAUAUAGAUGAUAAAAUGAAGAGAUCGUGGCUUCAAAAUAAAUAUAAGCUUAGUCAUUCGUAAUGCAUAGGCAUCGAAUAUAUUACAGUAUAGUAUGUAUGAUUGUACGUUUAUUAUUACUUAAUAGUCUGUCAUGUAUUAUGCACUGGUAAUAAAUUACAUUUAAAUCAACAAUUAUACGAAAAAGAUGGCGGUAUGUGCAUUUCAAGCUAAAAAAAUGGCUGGGAAAAAGACAAGUUGAGUACCCAAUGUUAGUUAUGACGUAUAAUUAGUAAUUUAACACGACAGAGGAAACAAUCCCAUGUUUUAUGACGAUUUUUCAAAGACGACGUUUGAUUUCACCGUACACUACCGCAAAUAUUCUUGUAAACAGACAUCCGCCAUUUUCAGAGUUUUUGACUGCACGAGCC